CGCGUUCACGCUACAGGGGCGGUUCUUCCCGGGUUACAUUUCUCUCCUCCUGCGCUCAGCUCCCUCCCCGUUACCGCUCCUCAUCUUCCCCGUGCACUGCUUGUGUUUCCUGCUCGGUUGCCUCUGGGUGUCCCGUCAUGCAGUCUGUCGGCUCGGAGUCGGCACUGGGACCGGGACUGGGACCGUCCGCACGCGCAGCAUGGCGUUAACACCGUGGGACGCCCGUGGCUCUGUUCCAGACUUUCAGCAUCGAUCCGGUCGCCGUGAGCAGAUUACAGAGCGGUGAGCGCCACUCUCACCCCCCCAACACACACACACACACACACACACACACACACACACAUAUCACCCCCCCAUCACCCCCCCAACCACUCAACACCGGAAUGUAAACCUGUACACCGGUACAUCUGGACUACAGCCUACAACCACCAGACCUUCACUUACAGCCUGCAUUACUAGGAGCCAUGCAGAGGACGCGUCCGCUACCGGAGUUCAUUUGCCAUGGCUAAGGUGGUUGGGAAGAAGCUGCACUGGCGCUCCAAGGUGCAGGAGAGCUUCAUUCCUCUUUUGGGCAGCUCGGGAGAACUGGGCGUGGCCAUCGGUGGUGGCGCAGACUAUGGCGAGUUUCCAUUUGUCACAGCUGCGCCGGGAGGUGGGAUCACAGUUGGCGAAAUCAUUUUGGAGAUUGGAGGGACACCUGUUCUGGGGAUGACCUUAGGUGACGUACGUGGAGUGCUCAACUCCUGUCCCCAUCCUAUUCGCAUCAAGACUGUUACACCAGACUCAACACUGUGUAAGGAUCUGAGGUUGUAUCUGAGUAAAUGUUUCACACCUGGUUGCAUGGACAGUCAACUUCAGCAAGUCAUACGGGAAAAUCUCUAUCUGCGUGCAGUACCAUGUACGACCAGACAGCCUCGAGAUGGCGAGAUCUCAGGAGUGGAUUAUAACUUUGUGUCUGUUGAAGAGUUCUUCUCUCUAGAGGAGUCGGGAGCUCUGCUGGAGAGCGGCAAAUUCAAAGGGAACUACUACGGAACCCCUCGACCAAUCCACAUCGGUCCUGACAGCCCCCCCAUCACCUACCAGGAGCACUGCAAGCUUCUACGGAACUUCCGCACACGCAGCAAAUCCCUGAGUAACCUGGAGAAAGCGGCAGAGGAAGGGUACAACAGUGAGGGAGACUCCGGGCUAUCAGGUGGCUCAGGAGGUGCCAGCAGUGUCCCCGCCCCGACAUCAUCCCCCAGCCAAUCUCGUGACUCCAGCGGCGGGGACGGCAGUGCCUUUGAGAACGGGAGCAGGCACAGAAGAGGACCACAAAGGGCGGGGCUUGAAACCUGGGAAAUGACCUACAGUGACUCAGGGGAACCAUAUUACACAGAUCAUCAGCCCAAGCCAACCUACUGGCACACCCGACGCACAUCGAGCCGAGAGUCAGUUUUCAUGUCUGACCUGGGCGAGUUCACAGAUCAGCCUAGCGAGUUGAGAGGAUACUCUGUUCAUACUCGGGUGUGUAAAGGACCCCAGGGCUUCGGCUUUAACAUUGCUGGUGGCAGCAGGCCUCGAGAGUUCUUACAGAUAUACAGCAUCACACCUGGAGGGCCAUCAACUCUUAACACUGGGGAUAUCUUGGUGUACAUUAAUGACACCUGUGUGCUGGGCACCUCUCAUAAAGAAGUGGCUGAAAUGCUGAAGGUUGUGCCUGUGGGCCAGAGCGUGGACAUGGUGGUCCGUAGAGGCUACCCCAUACUCUAUAACCCUGAUGGCAGCCCUAGACUGUCUCGGGAGACUGCUUUACAACCUUCACCUCUUCCAACUACCACCCAGCCCAAAGCCCAGGCCCUGUUCCCACAAUCCCAGACACUGCUCAAUCACAGUGAGCUUAUGUACAAUGCAGAGGGGAGAUAUCCUAGAGCCUAUGGAAGAAGUUCAUCCAGGUUUAGCCUGGACGCCAAUGGAAAUGCUUCAUAUUAUUCACCACCUCCAAGAAUGCCAUCUUCUUAUCGAUACUCCAGCGAGGGAGAGAGCGAUAUCCUGAGGCCACAGCAUUCUCAAAGAAGGAUCAGGCAGCUGCAGAGGGCAGAUCUGGCCAGCCAGAGUGACAGCGAAGUGGUUUCAGCUAUAGGGUCCCACAGAGCCUCCUUUAUCCGAAACCACAACAACAACUCGCUCUACCCACCAUCACCUUUGCCCUUUUACUCUACCAAGUCCUCGGACAGUGACCUUUCCUCUUAUGCCCCAAGCCCGCCCCUUUCUCGUUUACCUCUCCCCCAAACAGAAUCAGGCCACGCCUCCAUCUCCUCCUCCCCUGUCGGGCAGAGACGAUACUCACACUUUCAAAAUGGCCAACACUCCCUGCUCACACCUCCCACUAGCGCACACUCUGAUGGGCCAUACUUCACUUUCAGCAGUGCCAACAGCGGCAGUCCAGGCAGCAGCGUCCCAUCACCAGGGGCGAUGAGCAAUGGUGGGGGCAGGGAGCUGGUGCCCAUCGCCCUGGCAAAGUGCAAACAAGAUGGGAGUUUGGGAUUCAGCUUGAUGGCAGGUGGACAAGGAGGCAGGACGGCAGUGGUGAAGAGAGUGUGGGACCGGCAGCAGUGUAACGGCCUCCAGCCUGGAGACGCCAUCGUGAAGAUCAAUGGAGCUGAUGUGCAGAGCCUCAGCUUCAUUCAGGUCCAUCGUAUUUUGGAAGAGCACACCAAAAGUGGAGAGGUCAUUCUGUUAGUUCAGAGAGGAGGCUCCGUAUAUUCUUCCAUCUCUCCAAAGUCUAGGCGUCCACACAGCCCUACCCUGCCACGCCCUGCCUCUGCCUCUCAGAUUCCUCUUAUUGAUACUCCACCACUACUACGGAAGUCCCUUACCCCACCCCCUCAGUCCCUGGUACGCUCUUCAUUGGUCCAGAGCACCAGCUUCUUGGACUCUGUACCUGUCACACUAACGCUGGAGCCUCGCGAUUGGAUGAGUACUGAGGACGGCGGGACUACACUCAAUCCCAGAUUGAAGACAGAAGAGAAGAGCCGGCCACCUAUGCCACGGGGAUUCGAGGUGGAGCUGAGGAGGAGGCCAGGAGAGGGAUUUGGAUUUGUGAUUGCAUCACAGGACAUGGAGAACGCCAGAGCGGGGUCUCUGCUGCCUCACCGGUUUGUGACAGUCCGUCGUGGCAGUCCUGCAGCACGAAGUGGCCUGAUUCGGCCCGGGGAUCGGUUGGAGUCAGUAGAGGGACGCAGUGUGGUCAAUCUGCCCCACAGAGAGCUUGCACAGAUACUGCGAAGAGCGGGCAACACAUUGCGUCUGACCGUAGUCCCGCGCUCUAGCGCUCAUUCCUCCGAGCACUCAGACACUGAUCCCCAUCACAGAAGCAGGAAGCCUCACAGGUCCAAACCAAAGGACACAUCACGGUACUACAGUGUGGAGCUAGAGAGAGGCCCCACUGGUUUUGGGUUCAGUCUGAGAGGAGGCAGUGAAUAUAACAUGGAUCUUUAUGUUCUCGGCCUGAUGGAAGGAGGACCAGCCUCGAGCAGCCGGAAGAUGCAGGUGAGUGACCAGUUAGUGGAGAUCAAUGGGAACAGCACAGCAGGUAUGAGCCACAGUCAGGCCGUGGAGCAGAUCAGGACUGCAGGCCAAAAGAUCCAUCUUGUACUGAAAAAAGGCAAUGGAUACGUUCCUGACUACGGCCAUGAUCAAAGAGCAGCCAUCUCCUCCCUGCCCUCAGCCCUGCAGCCGCAUCUGGCUGCAGUGAAUCACCAACACCACCGUCUGAAUUCCAUGUCCAGACCUCCAAGAACAGGCAGGACCCGCAGCCAGAGAGGAAGGACAGAGCGCCAGGGCUGGGAGGAGAGCCCCAAACGAACACAAGUCACAGGUCACAGGUCAAAGGACAGGAGGAGGAGACAACGCUCCCACAGUUUACCCGGUAACAUCCACAGAAGACACAGCGAUGGAGAGGAUAUCAGUGAACCAUUGACAAGAGGACGACAUAGGCAGAGAGAGACAAGAGAGGAGACAGAGAGGAGGAGUAAAAGUGAGGAGAGAAAGAGACAACCAAAAAAUGAGAGAGAGGAAGAGACUCAGGGAGAGGAAGACCAGCAAGAAAGAGAGUGGGAGAGAAAAAAAAAGGACAUGCCCAUUCGUAAGCAGAGGUUUGCAAAGUUGAGUCAGAAAUGGAAUCAGGAGAGAAAAGAGAAGUUGGACACCAAGGAGUGGGGAGGAGUGAAAAACAGUCUGGUUUUGCGAGAGACCUGCCAGGAGGAGGAGAGCUCUUGGGGAAAUUUGGGAGGUGGACAGUACAGGGCGAGGAGUGAUGGGCAAGAGCUGAAAGGUGAGUUAGAAAAUGAGACAGAGCAAAUGCUGCCAAAUGUUUUGGGGAGAGAGAGAACAUGGCAGUGGGAAGUUGACACUCGACCCUAUGGUGGCAUGUCUUUGCCAGGGCAAGAAAAUGUUCAGUCCAACCACCUCUCUGCCCAUGAAUCCCAUCAGUCUCCAUUCUCCUUUCUCAUGUCCCGUGAACUCCAACUCACAGAGCCAGAAUCUGAAAUGACUGCUAGUGGUUCAGCUGCCAGUCCCCCUAAGUUCUCUAACAAUGAGAGGUACAGUUCAGGAGCCACAAGCACCAUAGCACCGGGUCCUUGGCUCAAAUCCAGUCUGCUCACACUCAGUAGAGAAAUGGAAAGAAACAGACUUACAGGAAGAGUAAAGGAGCAAGCAGUGAGAGAGAAUUCUAUCACCUGACACAGUUCUGAAUUGAUGCAAUUUUUGCCAUAUAAUGUCAUCAACUAUUUGAAAUCUUUUAACAAUUUAAAAUAGGCUAUUGAAAUGUUCAGUUUAUUUUUUUAAUUUAUUUUUUUUUUUUUUACACUUUUGGAGACUACAGCCAUAUUGUGGUCCUUAUACUAAUGCUAAAUAAGAAGAACAUAAAGUGGCAAAAUAUUUGUAAGGAUGAGCUUUUCUCUGCUGCCGCUUCAUCUUUCUGUCUCUUGCUUUCCUUCCUCAGUUGGAGGCUUGAGGGAUGUUAUCUGUCCUCAUGUUUUUGUCAUACUUUGUGCCUGUUUUUAGAUUCUGCUUGCUGUGUACUACUCUUCCUCUUAGCUCUGGGCCAACUUUGCUCUUUCCUCUCUGCUCUUUAAUUGUCUGACUUUUUUCUGAAGCUUGUUAUUAUAGAAGGGAAGACUGGUUGAAUAAAGAUAUAGUUUUGCCUCAGAAUGUUGGGCAAAUAUGAAGCAAUAAAAUGCCACAAGCCAAGAUUUUUGAUAUGCAAAAAAAAAGAUGAAUGAUAUGUUAUAUAUAUUAAACAUUUCCAUUACAAAUAAUAUGUAUGGCAUAAAUCAUUUGGGGUGUGCUGUUAUAGGAAAGUAAGUCAAAAUGAGGCGAUGUGACACAGACAGACACAAAGCAGGAGUUACCGUUAGCACCCAGAAGCUGACUACUUUCCUAUAACUGCAUGACCUGAAGUGUUUUUAUUCCUCUUAUACCACAGCAUUCCCAACGAUUCCAAUGUUUAAUUUAUUAAUGAACGACAUGCCGUGCUUAAUCAUUUAUAGCUACAUUUAAUGUUAUGAAACAUCCACAAAACAAGUUUUUAUCACUUAGCAGCUAUAAACUGUUGUUCCCUCACUAGCCUCUCUUUUUUUCUUUCUCUUGACGUUAAUAAAACAAAAAAAAAAUGCAGCUUGUCAGGUUACUGAGAAGCCGCAAAUCUCAAAUUCCUCCUGAAGACUCUCCUGUGGCAGAAAACUGUCUGUUACAAAGUGCUGACCCUGGAGACUCCUUCUAUUAAUGUUAAAUAAAUUUCUCUCAAUGGAAAACUUCACCAUAUCAACAAGUAUGCUUUUUUCUUUGUUAAAUAACUUUUUUUUACUAUGAGGAGCGUCUUGUAACAAUGAGCUGUUAGUAUCGAAAUGCUAACAUAUAAGAAUGAAUGCAUUCAUUUAAACCUGUGUUUUGAAAUGCAGCUGGAACUAUUGUCAGAGCUGCUGUUAUAGAAAAUUAAUCAACACUUUUUUGGCCAAUCAGAUUUGAGAAUUCAAUAACGCUGUGGUGUAAAACACAUUAACCACGUCAACUUAUUGUAUCGCUUUUGUCUUGGGAAUCCUCACCCAAAUAACAUUUAUAAGGUUUGGCCUUUGAACAUAUUGUUGUGUAUUAACAAUGUGACGUGUUAAUAUGUGUAUUUACUACACACUCAUAUGCUUCAAAGGAUUCAAAGUCAUUUGAGUCCCACAGGCUUUAUGCCUUUUAAGUGAACCUUAUCAUUUUGUGGCUCAGUUAAACAUCUUCCUGUCACUUGACCAUUGUCCUUAUGACCUCACUGACCUCGGUUUGAGCGUAGCCUAGAAUAUGAACGCUUGAUGAACGAUAAGCCAUUGCCUAUGGCAAUAACCACAUGACCGAUAUUUUAUAUUGCCUGUGAAAGUCACAUUGUCCUACAGUGUCCAUUGUUAAGUAUUGAAAUUACACUAUGCAGCAGUGAAGUAGAGGAUUUACGGAGGAACAGAAAUAGCCAGCAGCCACAGAGUGUCACUACACAUUUAAUCCCAAACGCAGAGAUCAUGAAACAGUAACUAAAAGUGCCCUCUGUGUUCCAACACGACACAUUCAAGACAUCAGUCCCCAUCUCCCUCCUCCUUCCUUUGACAUUCUGCACUGGACGGAUAUGCACCUCAUGGAUAUGGACUAAGUUCAGGAGUUUGUUUUAUUGAUUAUACCUGUUUUACCAAAGACUGCAGUAAAUCUUUGAAGCUGGAAUCACAAGCCUCUGUUUGCAAACCAUGUAAAGCCUCUCUUGGAAGUGGUUGUCAAGGUGAUAUUUUAUCUUUGUUGAUGAAGAGGGGGACUUUUGUGUGUUUGUGUCUUUAACUUGUCAUGUCUAAAUGAUCAAAUAAGGGCAAUGGACAUCAAUACACGUAUUAUGCUGCUACUCAGCCAUAAACCAGUGUAGAUGAAUUAUUAACUACUUAGUGUUCUUUCCUAUACCUCAGGAGAAAUUCUCAGAUGGACGUAUAAAAUGUUUUUUUUCUCCAGAGGUAUGAGAUGGGAGUAGGUUUAGAGAAGAACUAAUAAUUUUGUACUUAAUAAUACUAGAGUGCCAGAUGCCAAACGUGUACUAGUAACCAGUAUGAUGUCACCAUUUUAAAGCAUUCAUAUAGCCAUAUAGUUUCUACGUUCCCAGCAGGUCUGGGCUAAGUUUCAGUCUCAGUGUGUGCUGUGUGUGCUGUAAAGUAAGAGCAUUCAUAAACCUAUCAUAAGAAAAAGGAUAUGAGCCAGUGCCAGACGCAGCUUUACAUUUGAGAUCCUUUCCUCUUUUUGCUAUAUAUGUGCAGGUAUAUAAAUAUAUCUAUGACCAUGUAUGUAUUGUAAAUAUAUAUAAAUAUCAAUAUCUAACAGGUGUACAGUUUAUUAUCAACAUGAAUAUAAUAGACAUAUUAUUAUAUUUCUUUUAUGAUUAUGUUAUAUACUGUUGUAACCAAAAUGCAAAUUGUAUUAAAGUA